AUGUGUUGCUGCAAAAAUGUGUCGCCUGAUUUUAUUGAUGACUCUAUGAGAAUGUCAGAGCGAACUGCACGAGAAAGUUUGUAUAGAUUGGCGAGAGGUGUUGUUGAAACCUUCAGUGACAAAUACUUCCUCAAACCUUCAUUGAAUGACAUGAAACAACUAUAUGUGGCGUUUGAAGAACGACAUGAUUUUUCGGGUAUGCUUGGAAGCAUUGAUUGCACAAAGUGGAUAUGGAGAAAUUGUCCUGUGGCGUGGAAAGAUCAAUACACAAGUGGUCAUCUUGGAUCGCCUUUUGUUGGAAAGGCAUUGGAUGCUCCUUUCACAGUGAAUGUAAAUGAAUAUAAGUUUGGGCAUUGCCUCACGGAUAUAAUAUAUCCAUCAUAUUCCAUGUUUGUGAAGGCGUUUCGACACCCAAUAAAACCAAUAGACAAAAUUUCCAAGAGAAGACAAGAAGGAGCACGUAAGGACGUGGAACGUGCUUUCGGAGUUUUGAAAACAAAAUGA